ACAGGCGGGCAGCAUGCACUGACGAGCCGACAUUAAAGCAAUUGAAUUCAUCCUCAACGUUACGAAAGCGGUAGAAUCCGGUGAGAAAUGUCUUUUCUCCACGUCAGCGCUUGAUUCACAAGUCACAAUAUAGUAGUGUAGUUGAAUGUGGCACGUGAGCGGCUAAUGGCUCAAAGGCUAAAAGGAUGCGCGGUGGUGAACCUUUUCAAUGGACGCCAAUUUGGCAUGUGAAGGAAAGGGGACACGUGCAAAUAUCCGUCCGCCAUGGAUGACAACGAAUGUAAAUCCGGGGACGGCGCUUUCGUGUUCUUUGUAGCUGGCUAUUCCUAGUGCCUUUGUGUGCGCCUGACUAUUGAGCCAAAACGUGAUGACGUCACUGCCCCGUACGGAAAAGUCGUGCUAAAGUGUGGCACAACAAGUCCUGUCAUGAAUAAAGGCGACUAUCAGCAAAUCGAGCCCGGCAAACCGGGGACCUCCACGGCCACCUCGCCGUGUCACCAACUCCACGGGGAGGACCGCAGCAGCGAGCCCCCGAGAAGACCCAGGAGGAGGUGGGAGGUCCUUCCGGGCAAGAACCGCUUCUUCUGCGAUGGACGCCUCAUCACAGCCCGCCAGAGCGGUCUACUGCCCCUGACCCUUGGCCUCAUCUUUGUCACAAGUGGAUUAUUCUUCAUCUUCGACUGUCCUUUCCUUGUCGAGCACCUGUCGGGCUGCAUACCCGCCGUCGGAGGAGUCCUCUUUGCGUUCGUGGCGCUCACGCUGCUGCGGACCACCUUUUCGGAUCCUGGCAUCCUGCCUCGAGCCACGCCGGACGAGGCAACCGACAUCGAGAAGCAGAUCGACAACGCCGGUAAUGCCAGCUACCGACCCCCGCCGCGCACCAAGGAGGUGCUCAUCAACCAGCAGGUGGUCAAGCUCAAGUACUGCUUCACCUGCAAGAUGUUCCGGCCACCGCGCACGUCCCACUGCAGCCUGUGCGACAACUGCGUGGAGCGUUUCGACCAUCACUGCCCCUGGGUGGGCAACUGCGUGGGCAAGCGCAACUACCGUUUCUUCUACGCCUUCAUCGUGUCCCUGUCCUUUCUGACAGUGUUCAUCUUUGGCUGUGUGACGACACAUCUGGCGUUGAGAGCCCAGGAUGGGAAAGGCCUGGUUUUUGCCCUCCAAGAGAGUCCUGGCAGCGUCGUGGAGCUGGUGAUUUGUUUCUUCUCAGUGUGGGCCAUCUUGGGCCUCUCAGGCUUCCAUACAUAUCUUGUAGCGUCCGACCUCACCACAAAUGAAGACAUUAAAGGUACUUGGUCAGGGAAGAGCAAUGCAGAAGAUGUCACUAACCCAUACAGUCACAGAAACAUCUUCAUCAACUGUUGCUCGGUGCUCUGCGGACCCAUGCCACCCAGUUUGAUCAACAGACGAGGCCUCCUGCCCGCAGACGAGUCCGCUCAGGCCAGCACGGACAUUGAACUGCCAGCCACGGCCACCAAAAGCGGGAUGAAUGCGUCGAAACACGGAGCUAAAGGUCCGCCGGAGUCCACCGCUCACACGCCGCUGCUGUCCACCCCGUGUGCUCAGGGUUACCGGCGGUCGGCCCGCGGCCCGGCGACGCGACCCGAACCCGCGGCCGCCGUCUCCGCAGAGAGCGGCACGCGCAGGAUCUCCGGCCCGCCGCCUGGCGACACCGCCCACGUGCGCCCCGCCAAGGCCAAAGCCAAGAAAACGAAAAAGCGCUUGCCCAAGCCCACCUCCGAUGUCCCCGCUUCUCACUGUGGCCAAAGGGAGGAGCCUUAAAGGUGCCGGCUCCUUCCCUCUUUCACCUCAAUGACACUUUGCUUAUGAUUUGGUGAACCUUUUUUCAGGGGAAGUUUAUUUAACAAUGGUAUAACAGCUCAAUUUGUUUUUGAAACAGAAGAGAGGCCGUGUGUACAGCUUCAUACAGGAACAGUAAAGGUACACUUUUUACUGAUCUAUUUAUUGUAUUUGUUAUUGUCGCAUUGGCAGUUUUACAAGUAAGUAUGCUUUUUUUAAUUGGUGAAAUAAUGCACUAACAACUUGGGUCCAUGUGUUUGGAUUGUCUUCUGGAUCUUGACGGGCAACGGUUUGAUUUGUGUCAAUGUAAAACCCCAAUAAGCAUCUUGUUUUGUACUCAAAUUGAGUUUGCAUCCAUGGAUAUAGUGUAGUUGUGCACCCGAGUCAUGUUUACUCUUAAGAAGACACCGUUUUUCGGUCCAUUUGGCCAAUUUGCACUAAGCCACCGAGCGGCAGAAAUGCUCGGUAGGCAAGUCGUAUGUGGGGGAAUAUGUCGCGUUUGUCCGCAUUGUAACCUGCAAGGCAAUACUCCUAAAGAUGCAAUGAACAUUACCCGCCCGGAUUGCGUUUCUAAGGAGAAGCAUGUCGUGCUGUGUUUGUAUGACUAUGUCAAGAAUAUUAAACCAAUCAAAAGCUA